CGCCCGACUUUUCCAGAAGACCCGGGUAGCGCCUCCAGGCCACACUGAGCCGGCUUUAGGCACUCCGCACGCCGGGUCUCCUCCUCUUCCUGUGGUGGUUAGCUAUGGCGGCCGUGAAGACCCUGAACCCCAAGGCCGAGGUAGCCAGAGCCCAGGCGGCGCUGGCGGUCAACAUCAGCGCGGCCCGGGGACUGCAGGACGUGCUGAGGACCAACUUGGGGCCUAAAGGCACCAUGAAGAUGCUUGUUUCUGGUGCUGGAGACAUCAAGCUUACUAAAGAUGGCAAUGUGCUGCUUCAUGAAAUGCAAAUUCAACACCCAACAGCCUCCUUGAUAGCCAAAGUAGCAACAGCCCAGGAUGACAUAACUGGUGAUGGUACCACUUCCAAUGUCCUAAUCAUUGGAGAACUACUGAAACAGGCGGAUCUCUACAUUUCUGAAGGUCUUCAUCCCAGAAUAAUAACAGAAGGAUUUGAAGCUGCAAAGGAAAAGGCACUUCAGUUUUUGGAACAAGUCAAAGUAAGCAAAGAAAUGGACAGAGAAACACUUAUAGAUGUGGCCAGAACAUCUCUACGUACUAAAGUGCAUGCUGAACUUGCUGAUGUCUUAACAGAGGCUGUGGUGGAUUCCAUUUUGGCCAUUAAAAAACAAGAUGAACCUAUUGACCUCUUCAUGGUUGAGAUUAUGGAGAUGAAACAUAAAUCUGAAACUGAUACAAGCUUAAUCAGAGGUCUUGUUUUAGACCAUGGGGCGCGGCAUCCUGACAUGAAGAAAAGAGUAGAAGAUGCAUACAUCCUCACGUGCAAUGUGUCAUUAGAAUAUGAAAAAACAGAAGUGAAUUCUGGCUUUUUUUACAAGAGUGCAGAAGAGAGAGAGAAGCUUGUAAAAGCUGAAAGAAAAUUCAUUGAAGAUAGAGUUAAAAAAAUAAUAGAACUGAAAAAGAAAGUCUGUGGUGAUUCAGAUAAAGGAUUCGUGGUUAUUAAUCAAAAGGGAAUUGACCCCUUUUCCUUAGAUGCUCUUGCAAAAGAAGGCAUAGUAGCUCUGCGGAGGGCUAAAAGGAGAAAUAUGGAAAGGCUGACUCUUGCUUGUGGUGGAGUAGCUCUAAAUUCUUUUGAUGACCUAAAUCCUGAUUGUUUGGGACAUGCAGGACUUGUCUAUGAAUAUACAUUGGGAGAAGAGAAAUUCACCUUUAUUGAGAAAUGUAACAACCCUCGCUCUGUCACAUUAUUGGUCAAAGGACCAAAUAAGCACACACUCACUCAAAUCAAAGAUGCAAUAAGAGAUGGCUUGAGGGCUGUUAAAAAUGCUAUUGAUGAUGGCUGUGUAGUUCCAGGUGCUGGUGCAGUGGAAGUGGCAAUGGCAGAAGCCUUGAUUAAAUAUAAGCCCAGUGUAAAGGGCAGGGCCCAGCUUGGAGUGCAAGCAUUUGCUGAUGCAUUGCUCAUUAUUCCCAAGGUUCUUGCUCAGAAUUCUGGUUUUGACCUUCAAGAAACACUAGUUAAAGUUCAAGCAGAACAUUCAGAAUCAGGUCAACUUGUAGGUGUGGACUUGAACACAGGUGAGCCAAUGGUAGCUGCUGAAGUAGGCAUAUGGGAUAACUAUUGUGUAAAGAAACAGCUUCUUCACUCCUGCACUGUGAUUGCCACCAACAUUCUCCUGGUUGAUGAGAUCAUGCGAGCUGGAAUGUCUUCUCUAAAAGGUUGAAUUGAAGCUUCCCUUGUGUCAUCUGCAUCACGAAGACUACAGAGUGAUCCUAAGAAUAUAGCCAUGGAAUUUUCGUCCAAGCUUCAAAUGAUUUUCAAAAGCAUUUUCCUUUCCCAUACGAAAAAAACACUGACACUCAAAUUUUGAAGUUCUGAAAUUAUAAUUACAGUAUUUUUUUAAAUUUCACUGCAGUGUACACCAUUAAGCAGGCUGUUUUCACCCAAUGAACAGGAUGUUUUGCUUUAGCUUCCAUGAUCUAAAAGUACCGUGUUAGACAAGUAUGUUACCUACCUUGUUAUUAAAUGUUCCUUGGAAAGCAAAUUUAAUGGUUUAAUAAUUUCUUCUAAUUGGUGUAUUUUAAUAUAUCUACUAGUUCUCCACUGUCAGGCUUAUAGGUUUUUAUGCAAAUAUAAAUAAUACUUAAAGUAACUUAAGAUUUUGAAAGCAUCCCUGUUUCUUUAGUAUUAAUUCCUGAGUAAAACUGUUGGAAUCAUUUGUUUGGACUUUUAAUGCUUUUAAGUACUUUUGCUAAAAUGCUCCCCAGGAAAGUUGUACUGGGCGGAAAGAUGGGUGAAGUAGAGGCAAGGGAGUUGAUCAUUAUAUAUAAAUAAACUGAAAGUAUGAAGAGAGAAAACUAGAGAGAGGAGACAGAAGGAAAAACACCCUUAAAGGCAUGGGGGCUAAGGGAAAGGAGAUUUUCACAUGGACCAUAUUUUCACACCCCUGUCUGUACCUGUGCUUAUGCUGAAGGACCUGCCCGACCAUUCCAAACUCUGUAGUGUCGUCUUUCACCCAAGUUACUGUUCUCUCCCACCGGCUUCCACAAAAUUGUUUUUAUAGUUGGUAGAUCUCAUUCACAGCCCUUGAGAGUGAAGUUGUGUGCUGCAAAGCUUUGUGUUUUUGAGGACUUGGCAGUUGCCUACGGUGUGCAAUAAAUAUUAAAUUGAAACCUU